AAGUGUCAUCAGAAACGGUGCGUAAUUGCUUUCGAUAUACGGGAAUCCUUCCAGUUAUACAAAAUAAUGAGGAACUUGUCACUAACAAUAAUGAAGAACUUGUUACUGAUGAUAAUAAAGAUGAAUUGAUAGAAGAAUUGCAUGCAGACAUUGAAGCACUUCACCUUCGAAAUGUAAUAGAUCUCAAUAAUUAUAUCAACUAUCUAGAAAAAAAUGAUACAAAUGAAGUACUAAAUGAUCAAAAAAUUAUAGACCUAGUUACUAAUAUAGAAGAACCUGAAGUAAAUCAAAGUGAUGGUAAGGAGGAUGAUAACAGUAUAGAAAUAUGCCAGAUUACUUAUAAUGAAGCAUUAAACACUAUAGAGCUGCUUGAACAAUACCUUUUUCAGCAGAAUUUUAGUAACAUGGUCUGA